UUAAGGGUUUUUCUCGCCCCCCGCUCUCUCUCUCUCUCUUGCAAGGAGACGCCAUUGACGCACCUGCUCUCUCUCUCUCUCUCCCCGUCGCUUGCUCCUCCUGGUAGGCAGAGAUGGAUAUCAGCGAAGAGACGAUGUUGGCAUCGAAGAGAACAUUCAUGGAGUUCCUCGAUGAAGAUGCGGGCAGAGGGAUCUACAUGGAGAAGAUCAGGAGCAUGAUCAGCCAGGGCCGCCACCGCCUGCUCAUCGACCUCUCCGAUCUCCGCAACUUCAACAACGACCUCGCUCGCAGGUUGCUCAGGAACCCAGGCGAUUAUAUUCAACCGUUCUCGGAUGCCCUCACGGAGGUGACGAGAAACGUGAAUCCCAAGUAUCUACACGUAGAUGAGCGGGUGCUCGUGGGAUUUCAGGGGCAGUUCGGGUUCCACAAGGUUACUCCGAGGGAGCUCCUCUCUCCUUUUCUGGGUACCAUGGUUUGCGUCGAGGGCAUUGUUACCAAAUGCUCGUUAGUAAGGCCUAAGGUUGUUAAAAGUGUUCAUUUCUGCCCAAGUACAGGGGAAUUCAUGUCCCGUGAGUAUCGUGAUAUUACAUCGUCUGUGGGCUUACCUACAGGGUCCGUGUAUCCUACCAGGGAUGACAAUGGAAAUUUGUUGGUCACGGAGUAUGGGCUGUGCAAGUACAAAGAUCACCAAACUCUAUCCAUCCAAGAGGUUCCUGAGAAUUCAGCUCCUGGUCAGCUUCCAAGAUCGGUUGACGUCAUUGUAGAGGAUGAUCUGGUAGACUCAUGUAAGCCUGGAGACCGUGUCGCAAUUGUUGGGGUCUACAAAGCUUUGCCAGGAAAGAGCAAGGGAAGCGUCAAUGGGGUAUUCAGGACCAUUCUAAUUGCAAACAAUGUGUAUCUGCUCAACAAAGAAAUAGCUGCUCCAGUCUUCACCAGUGAUGAUAUAAGGAACAUCAAAAGAAUAGGAAACAGAGCUGAUGUAUUUGAUAUACUAGGGGAUUCGCUUGCACCAUCUAUAUACGGGCAUUCAUGGAUAAAGAAAGCUGUAGUCUUACUGAUGCUUGGUGGAGUGGAGAAGAACCUUCCAAAUGGGACGCACUUGAGAGGUGACAUAAAUAUGAUGAUGGUUGGUGACCCAUCUGUGGCAAAAUCUCAGCUUCUAAGAGCUAUCAUGAACAUUGCACCACUGGCUAUAUCAACAACUGGCCGUGGCUCUUCUGGUGUUGGCCUGACAGCAGCUGUUACAUCAGAUCAAGAAACAGGAGAGAGAAGGCUAGAAGCUGGUGCCAUGGUUCUUGCAGAUCGAGGUGUUGUAUGCAUUGAUGAAUUUGACAAGAUGAGCGAUCAGGAUCGUGUUGCCAUACAUGAAGCCAUGGAGCAGCAGACUGUUACAAUUGCCAAAGCUGGUAUCCAUGCAUCUCUAAAUGCCAGGUGCAGUGUAGUUGCAGCUGCUAAUCCUAUAUAUGGAUCUUAUGAUCGAUCGCUGACUCCAACAAAGAACAUUGGCCUUCCUGACUCAUUGCUGUCACGUUUUGAUUUGUUAUUUAUUGUGCUGGACCAAAUGGAUGCAGAGAUUGAUCGUCAAAUUUCAGAACAUGUACUACGGAUGCAUAGAUAUCGUUCCGCAACAGAAGAUGGAGGUACAACAUUGGAUGAGAAUUCAAGAUAUGUUGAAGAGGAUGAAGCUGAUGUUACAACACAAAUUUUUGUCAAGUACAACCGUAUGCUCCAUGGUGAAAAAAAAUCAAAAAGAUUCAAGAAAGAAACUCUCACCAUUAAAUUUCUCAAGAAAUACAUACAUUAUGCAAAAAGCAGACAUCAACCUGUGCUAACCGAUGAGGCAUCAGAUUGUAUAGCAACAGCAUAUGCUGAACUUCGGAAUGCAAAUCCAAAUGAAAAGUCUGGUGGUGGAACUCUUCCAAUAACUGCAAGGACAUUAGAGACUAUUAUUCGUCUUUCAACUGCACAUGCUAAAUUGAAGUUGAGGAGUGAGGUUCUAAAAGUUGAUGUCGAGGCUGCCCUUAAAGUUCUCAACUUUGCAAUUUAUCAUCAAGAGCUUACAGAUAUGGAAGAACGUGAGCAAGAAAGAGAAAGGGAAUUAGAAAGAAAACGUAAAGUGGAUCAUGAUAAAGGGCAAAAUAUUGACACAAAUCGCAAUGCUCGUCCUUCAAAUGGCAUAAAUGAGGCAGCAGAACCUAUGGAAAUAGACGGCUCAGCUGAAGUGCCUGAUGUCAAUAUUCCUUCUGAAAGGGUUGAUCGAUUUAAUCAUAAAUUUAGUGCACAUAUGCGAACAAGCCAUCUGGAUGUUAUCUCAAUAUCAGAGGUUGAACAAAUUGUUAACUUGGGGACUGUACCGCCUUUCUCAAGGGUGGAGAUAACAGUCAUGUUACAGAAACUUCAAGCAGACAACAGAGUUAUGAUAGUGGGAGAAACAGUACAUCUUGUUUGAUUGAAAGUGGGAAGAAAGAAGCCUAUGAAUUGUCAGUCAUCUAGCUACACGCAGACGCUGGAUACAAGCAACUGCAUACAUGUACCAUAGUAUGCACAAUGUUUUCAUGGCUAACUUUUUUUAAAUUACCAUUUGCAUUAUUAUGAUUGUAAUAUCUACGAAAGAUUUAUUGGCUAAUUUUUUACAAUAAUGUUUGUAUGCUCAGUCUCAGUUGGCUUAA